GGUAGUUUCGAUGCCUCUCUCGGGGUAGUUUCAACGUCGCUCUCGAUAGUCCGCUCGAUAAGGCUGUCGAUAAGACGCGCAGAUAAACGUCGCAAUAACGUCGUUUGCAAUAAACGCCACGGGCCACGGGUAACGGUAAACGAGUCAACGCGAUAGAGAGUGUCCGAGCGAUCGCUUUAUUAAGCGAAAGCUCGAAUUAACCAUCUUUGCGUAGCGAGAUCGCCGAGAUUUCAACUUGGAUUGUUUAUUUUCUUCUUCCUCACCUUCUCUUAUUUCAUCCUUUCCUUUCGGAUUACCUUACGUUGAAGUUUAUCCCGUGACGCAUCAAAGCAGAGAGAACCCGCCCAACGAUCUGGGAUCUAUCGACACGAUCCAUCGACCCACAACGAACGACCUAUUUCGCGGCGUCGCGACGACGUCGCAUCAUCAGCAACGCAAGGACUAUCUCAACGGCAGAGAACUGAAACGGGUUAUCUUCCGGAUCGCUAACAGCUCGAGCAACGAAACCGGGAGCCGUUUCAUCGCAGCAGCGAGCCCGGUGUAACCAUCAAGAUUACCGGCCGCGGCGGUUGCGCCAAGUACUGUGGUACAGCUCCAUCACCCGGCAACAUUUCAUUCUCCAGUUUUCGUCAGUCCUUCACCACCAAUGUCAACUACCUGAAACGGAGGUUCUCAUCAGGGGACCUAAGCUCGGAACUCGACGAUGAGCCCAACGCGGAUCCUGGGAUGGCCCCCGUGGGCCGACAGGAUUCGUCUCAGUCGUAUCAAGCGAUGCCGGACCGACCUCUGCAAUCCCAACCGGGUCCGAUACCGCCGCCGUCCCAGCCGCCGAUCCCGGGCGCGCCACCCCAGGGACCGCCGCAGCCCAUCGGCGGCGAUCUCAGUCUCAACCUGAGACCCGGCUCGCGGACCACCAGCGCACCAUCCUCGCCGGCGAAGACAAGGGAGAGCUUGCUCCAGCGAGUGCAGAGCUUAACCGGCGCCGCUCGCGAUCAGGGUGCUUCUAUUUUGGGAGCGGCGGUAUCUGGCGCGACCAGAGGCUCGUCAUACAGCAAAGACCGAUGCUUCACUCUGCUGGUGAUCGAUGACCAAAACACCGAUUGGAGCAAAUACUUCCGAGGGCGCAGACUGCAUGGCGAUUAUGAGAUCCGCGUGGAGCAGGCGGAAUUUCGAGAACUGUCCCUGACAGCAAGCGAGGCGGGCACCGUUGUGUCCAUGGCUGUCUAUCGUAACGGGACCAAAGUUAUUCGAUCCUUCAAACCUGAUUUCGUAUUGAUACGUCAAAAUCUACGGGAUGCUGGAGAAGAUUACAAGAAUCUUCUUCUUGGUUUGAUGUACGGCGGUAUACCCAGCGUUAACAAUCUCACAGCAAUUUACAACUUUCAGGAUAAACCUUGGGUAUUUGCUCACCUGCUGGGACUGCAGCGUCGUUUAGGUAAAGACAACUUCCCCUUGAUCGAACAGAGUUAUUACCCCAAUCAUCGCGAAAUGGUGAGUGCAUCUCGAUAUCCUGUCGUGGUGAAACUGGGCCACGCCCACAGCGGAACCGGCAAGGCCCGUGCGGAAACAAAUCAGGAAUUUCUAGAUCUCGCUUCGUUGGCAGCUAUGGCGAACACUUACUGCACGGCGGAACCCUACAUCGACACCAAGUACGACGUGCACGUGCAGAAAAUCGGGAACAAUUACAAGGCUUUCAUGCGAAAAAGCAUAAGCGGCAAUUGGAAAUCGAACACCGGAUCAGCUAUGCUGGAACAGCUUUCCGUGAGCGAGCGACAUCGCACAUGGGUCGAUCAUGUGGCACAAUUAUUUGGAGGAUUGGAUAUCUGCGCGAUUGAAUUGCUGGUGGGCAAGGACGGCCGGGAGCACAUUAUCGAGGUCAACGACAGCGCGCUAUCCUUAAUGGGUGACUCUCAGGAAGAGGAUCGACGUCACAUCGCGGAUUUGGUCACCGCGAAGAUGCAGGUUUACUGUCGACCUCCGAGCAUGUUGACGAAGACCGCCUCGCGGGGUUCAAUGUCGAGUUCUAGUCAGGUGGGCAGUCCGGUAGAAGAUCGAACUGCACCUCCAACUGUACCUCCAACUGUACCCUUGGGAUCCCACGGAAGUAUAGGCUCUAUGGCCAGUAUAGGAAGCUUAGGUUCCGUAGGUUCUAUCGUACCGAUGACGAGCGAUGUCACCGCCUCGGAUAGUCAUCAUCAGUUGCAACGGCGUGAUUCUCAAGCUUCUCAAUCAAGCACGGUAAGCAGCGCGCCGUCCGUCGGGCGACGCACAGAAGAACCACCGAUAUCCAGAGUGCCGUUCCAUCGACAAGGCAGCCAGUCGCAGGCUCAGGGUGAAGACACCGAGGACACGAUGAAGAAUCUGCGAAAGACAUUUGCAGGCAUCUUUGGGGACAUGUAGGCCACAAGAAUAGGCCGACGUAGCGAGAGUGUAGACGUCGGGCACUCUCGCGAUGAGGUAGCUAAUGAUAAUAAGCCGGCAACCUCAUCGGCAACCUCGUCGGCAAUCUCAUCGGCAACCUCGUCGGCAACAGUAAAACGAACUCACGAAAUUCUCCGACGAUCGCUAAGCAUGUUCCACGACUGAAGCGCAUCAUGCUCGACGCGCCAAUCAUGCGGAAGUUGACGCGGAGCAUGUAGAUAUCUAUAUAUUUGCAGAUUGUCAUAGAAAACUCGCGAAACUGCAUGCCACGCGAAUGCACUAACUAUUUAAGUUUAAUAGAAAGUUAUCGGAAAAUGAAGGCUUUUCUUAAUUAAAGUGUUAAAAGUACAAAUAGAUCGAAUCACAUGAUUUAGGAUGCUAAAGCAACUCUCUGGCGUACUUGCUUCAAAUUCCUUUAAAGCCCUGGACCUGGGCUUGGUCUACUUGCAUUUUUAGCGCUUCAAUUAUGAAAGUCAAUCGGAGGCAAAGCGGAGAACAAGCCGGUAAUGAUUAUUAAUCAGGAAAAAAACCUGAAAAACGAAGAUUUUCUCUUUAAACAAUUUAAUAAGCUAUAACGCGUUAUAUAGUAGCGAGGUAGGUACUGUAUAUUGAAAGCAUCAUGAUCAUGUGUAUGUAUACAUUGGAGAGUAAAGUAGGUUCUAUAUAAUCCGUGUACACUGCAGGCGAAUGAAAUAAAAGUUAGGCAAGUUCGGUCGAAGAACAUGGCAACUCAUUUAAUGUCACCUUGAUGUCAGUUGAUUGCUACCGCGAUAUCCAGUGAAAUGUUUGCGUCAACAAUAAGCGCGCUUUCUCACUAUAUAAAAGCAGGAAUCGCUCCGUAGGCCCCUGGCAUCUCCUCAACCGGUUUUACUUCGAGCAUCCACUUUUAGGCUUAACGUUCGGAUCGUCGUGUGUCAUAUUGUCAUUAAGGGAAAAGGCAUUGCGAGAUAUAAAUUAAGGCAGGCAAUGGGCGUCUUUUGGGCGAUCUCGCAGUGUUUGUAAAAAUAUUCGUACGCCUAUGUCAUUCGAGUUAAUCGAAGACGAUAAAAAAAGAGGAGAUUCGGGCAUUAUUCUGAACAUUUGGCUAACCGAGACUGCAAGCGGUCGUUUGGUUUCAUCUAGGACUACAAAAGUCGGGAAGACGUAUAUGUAAUUGUCUCUAUUAUUAAGCGCACAAGUAGUUGUUAAGAUAACCAAGGGAUGGGCGAAAUUUUUUCGAAAUCGCGAAACGUCGAGUUUUUCCAGAUCCAAAUCCAGAUCCGCGAAUUCUUUAUCUGACGAUAAAGAAUAUAUCGAUGAAUUAAUUCGCGGCACACUAAUAAAUUUUUAACGAGAAUAUCUAGCGUGUAUAGAUUUCCUAAUAAUGAUAAAAAUUUAUCGCGCAUCCUGAAAGUGGCGACAUUUUCUUUUCCUAAAUUUUCGCACGUCGCGGGUUGUCAUUAGGGCUGCACAGGGCGACCACGCCGUCGAUGGAAAAUUCAUGAAAAUUUGGUCGCUGAGUUUUUAGCAAUAAGAAAACUCUAUAUAGGAAACAUCCUAUAAAGGAUGUGGAUGUUAACAAAGAGGGAACGAAAAUAAACGGUCGAAUAGAUUGAAAAUCCGGAAUCGUAUAAGCGAUGGAUCUUGGUGCGAGAAACGAAAAUAAACGGUCGAAUAGAUCAAAAAUCCGGAAUCGUAUAAGCGGUGGAUCUUUGGCGCGAGGAAAGCAAACGGAAUAUCGAAAUAGAAUAGAUUGAAAAUCCGGCAUGCGAUUGUGCAACGCGAGACAGAAUAUUAUCUCGAUACAUAGAUCUGCAAAUAUAUACAUAUACGCAUUUGUGUGUGUAAACAGGCUGAACGUAAUACCGUCGAGGUAUACCAGUUAAGCAUAAUUAAAACUAUGCGGAGUACAGUACGAAGAAAAGGCAGUUUUCAUUGAAUGAUCGCAGAUUUACCUUAAUAAAAUAAGACUAAAGAAGAGAUCACAAGAGAGACAAUCGACCGUGGUUUCAGCUCUGAAGAGAGGAUAGAUUACGCAACAUUACGCAAUAAUUAUUGCGAAUUGAAAUUCUGCUGACGCAAGCAGUUGCCAAAUGUGAUAAAACAUUUGAGAAAUAUUAAUUAAUAUGUAAUCAGUUGAUAGAGAUAAAAAGGAGGACGUAAAUUUAAAUGACUGACGAGGAGGGCGAUUUAUUUGAAAGUAUAAUCUUAUUUGAAGCGCUGACGAUAUAAAUCAAUCAAGUCAUUAGUAAUGUAAAAUAAAUAAGUAAAUAAAUAAAUAAAUUUAAAGUUAUUAUUGUGUCAUGAUGAAAAGAAAUUAAAUACGAUUAAUGUGAAAUAACAGUGAUAGAGCAGAAAAAUUCAUACGUAAUCUGAAAAUUCGCAAUAUAAAAAGUAAAAUGUCUAAAUUUUCUAAACAAAACUCUGGGUUUAAAUUUUUCGAAAUUAGACGGAUUCUGUUUAGCUUUCGAAAGAACCCGAUUAGCGCCAUCGAUAUUUUUUUUAUAUUCUCAGCGCUUCAUUUAGAAAACUCUAUGUAACGAAAAUCUGACAUUACACGAUUUCGUCGUAUCUCUUUCGCGGUUUUCUAACUGCAUAAGUAAUAAGUAACUGACAGUUUGAUUUUCAUGUGCCUUGACACUAAAGUGUCCUUCGUAUCACGUUUUUCAUGAUAUCAGAAGACAAUUGAAAAAUGUAGAGGAUAAAAAUAAUUUUCGGGAGACGUAAGUUACAAUGACGUUGGUAAAUUUCUGCGACAAGCAGAAUGAAGUAGGUAUUUUGAGCAGACAUUGCACUUUACCACGUGAUACUUUUGACUCGUUUGUACUUUUUAUAAAGCUCGAUCUCAUUGCAUUUGUACAUUCGCUGAGACACACUGUUUCUUCAUUGAUGUUCACCGCGGCGGAGAAGUGUGCGUACCGUCCAAGCUUACAUUCGUUACAACAUGAACGCAGUAUCGAGAUGCAAGAACACGUUACAUAAAAGUAAGUUCUUGUGUAUAUCAUAAUUUUCAUCGGGAUUCUAACAAUCGCGAUUCUAGAAAUUUUCAAUUCUGCAAUACAUAACGGUAGAUUGUCUUCCAUACGUUGCGAACCGAAUUAUUUCUGCAGCGAAUCUCGUACAAGUGAAACAGAUGUCUUAGCUCCUAUACAUUCUUCUUUUAAAUAGUUUUACGUAGUUAUAUUUCUGUAAACAUAAUUGUGAAUCCUUGGAAAUAUCUAAAUGUAAUUCGUACAUUAGAAGUCUCUUUUUCAUUUUUCUCGCACUGGAAAAAUUAUUUCGCGUUCAGCGAGUCUUGUGAUUAGGAAAAAAAAAAUUGCGCGAUUAAGGGUCAAACAGGGACGCAAAGAUUGCACGAAAGGUUUAACAGUUUGACGCACACAAAACAGAUGUUCAAUUCCAUUUUCAGAGCUGACGCCACGGUACGGAGAAGAGCAAUCAAACAAUCAUAAUCACGUCACUGCGCGGAGGUCAAUCGAUCAGCGCUAAAUGCGUAUAGACGCGGUUACAGGUUGAAGAAUAUCUCAGGGGUGCGAGUCUAGGCACUAGAUAAAAAGUAGGAGCUAGAUGCGGCAGCGUAUGAUUAUGCGAUGCAGCCUAGUCAAAUCACUGAUGCCGAUUGCAAUUGAUGGCAGAACGGAUAGAGUUAGGGUUCGCUUGUUCGGAGAAAUCCUUGUAACUGUGAUCUUCGGGAUUGUCUGUAGGAAGGAAAAUUUUGCGUCCGUAUUUUGUUCGGCUGAUCGCUUUUCUUAGUAAAUUUUUAUACGCAUAAGUAAUGAGUCUCUUCAAUUAUUUUCAAUGUUUUUCGAUCUUCGAAAAUCUUAUUUCGCAGUGUUGAAAGAUCUUGAAGAAAAUUUUCAAAGACUUGUCAGAUGCUAUACCACUAUUUAAACAUCAGUUAUUAUCAAGUCUUGAGUAAAGUUUAGAAAAAAUUAUAAUUAUGUGAUAUAUUUUCAUAAAAGUGAAAAUAUAUUGUUUGAUCAGUAGCGUUUGCUAAUACUGAUAGCUCAAUUAUUAAGAAUAUUUUAGUAACUUAAUUAUAUUAAAUUAAUUUAAAGCAAAUUUUUUUAUUUGCAACAUAUCAUUUGAUAUUAUACGCUUAAAUAUAAAUACAAAGCUGUAAGCUCAAUAUGCAACUGUCGCAAAACGAUCGUUCGAACAAUUGCAACGUUGAUCUUGAUUAAAUAGCGAUACAGCGUCGUGUAUUUUGUUGCUUGGAUCAUAACUUAUCAGAGCGUUAUACAGUGGCGUUUAGUUACGGUGACCGUGUGGUGUCGUGAGCAGCAGUAUUUUUAUUUUCAUUUCGAAUGCACCGAUUGCACCGUAGUUCAAGUAAUAACGCACCAGCAAUAUCCGUAGAUUAGCACGGUAACCAUACCGCAUCUUCAACUCUUUAGGAUACUCCUCGUGUAGCUGUGUAUACGUGACCACAGUACGAGUGAAAAUACCGAUAAUAAAUAGCGUUUUCCAUCACUGCGAGCAUAAAGUCGGUCUCAUUGAUCUCGCGUUACAAUAUAUAUGUGUGUGUGCAUAUACAGAACGCAUACUAUACUUCAUAUAAAAUCGCCUUAAUGGGAAUUCACCGUAAUUUAAUUUCUAAUCAUCUUUCAGAGAUGGCAUUUAUCUACGUUUGACGUCAUUUCUGUUUUUAGGAUCGCAAGUCCUAAAAGUAUUGUGACUAUAUAUAUCAGAACCUGUUAGAUAACGCGAGAUCCUUCGUUUAACCUGCAAGAUUUAUAAAAAUACAGUUACGAAGUAAUUCGUAUUGUAAGUGUAACGAUAAACGGAGGACGUCACUAUACCGAUACUGUAGUGAAUUAGUGAUUUCCAUAAUAUCGAUCGUUGUGAAUAUAACGAGAUGCAAUUAUGGACGAUUUAGCAUUGUAAAUCGUUCGCAAUUGCAAGCCCAUGUUCCUUCUUUCGUCCAAGAGGGAGCGCGAGCUUACUGAAAAAGCAGAAACAAGUUUCGUAAUAGUGUAAUCUCCAUAUACUCUCGACGAUUAUCCUUUGAUUAUCGCGAGAGGAUCGGGCAAUAAGUUAUGGAUUCGCGCAUGUUUCACGCCUUUAGAUUACGCUCAUAUAUAUACAUAUAUAUCCUUCACUGUGCUUUCUGAGCAUUCGUCACUGUACAUCGAGGAGAAAUCUCUUACGUACAUAUCAUCUUGGUGGUACAAUCGCUGAGCUUCAGUGCCUCCUUUCUUUCUCUUCCGUUUGCUUUAGAUCAAAGAUCAACAGUAGUGGCAUGGGGUCAUUACAAUACCUAUAGCAUUAUCCCCUUUACUCUUUCUCUUCUAUAACAAAAGUGAUAGAAUAGUUAGAUAUAUAUUAAAUCUAUACGUGUGUUAUUACGAAUUACACAACAUGUGGUGUCUUAAGAUUAACAAAAAUGUCUCUGCUAAUUGUCUGCUAAUUGUUAAGAUCGUUCUUAUAACGUUAAUUAGAAAGCUACUUCAACUGACGUUUAUGAGAACUGGUUCUCAUACUAAUGUCACACAAGACUCUAUGCAACUACUGCACAAUUAAAAUUUAAAAUUAAGCAAUCGGAUUGUUACAUUUCGAAAACGCGAAAAUCUCGACAUAGAAGAGAUAGAGAAGUUGUGUUAUCUUCUUGCAUUUGGUAUAGCAUUACGUAGCUAUUUUCCGGAACGUACUCGAUAAACGAUUAAUCAUGGCCGCGCAAAACACCAAAAUUUUUAAUUUUAUAAGUGAUGACAACGAAAACGACAAGAAGCGCAUUUUCAGCGGUUGUACGCUUUUAUUUCCCAUCUGAGCUGUGGUAGGCCAAUAGGAUAAAGUACGCAUCAUCGAUUUACCCCCGAUUACACGACGGGCUCGUCUCUCGAUAAUACUCAAUGCGUAUUUCUGUGUGUAACGAAUUUAAUGUUAAAGUCGGAUGGUAACUCGAGGCGCGAAAAGUGAUGAUAAUAGCGACCAAGUAAUAGGCGUGUACAUAGGCGCGACGAAUAUAUAUACAUCGCAGCCUAGUACUGUGCGUUACCUCCUUGAUUUCAAUGCGUGCUAGCCCAGUAUGUAGUGACGAGUUCUACAAGUAUGACGACAUCCAAUCACAUACAUCGUACACAUACACACAUACACAAAAAAAAUUUAAUCGUAUCGUAACGCUAUAUAAGUAACAUUACUGUACGGUAUAAUGUCAAUGUUAUUUAAUCCGUUAUCAUUAAUAGUCAUUAUUGUUAAGAGACCUGAAGGCCAAACUUCAGGAGGCCGUGACUCGACCUCGAGCAGCAGUGCCAUUAAUGAGCAUUUAUGAGAUGACAAUGAUAAUUAAAGUUAGCCUAUCGUACCAGUAGCCCUAUUCUGUAUCUCUAACGACAAUAUCGUUAUCGUUGUAUUGUCGUUGCGCAGCUUUUUUACCAUGUAGUCUACCUGCGCAACGACAACACGACAAUAACGACACUGCCGUUAAGAGUUACAGAAUCAGGGUACAGAGUACAGAAAAGCAAAAUAUAUUAAGGAUAUUUAUCGCUCUAAGAUUUCAGAAGGAUUUCCACACAGGUCUAACUAAUUCAUGUAGAUUCGUUAGGGAUCGUAAAAAUUAACAUAAUCGACCAGAGCGUUGGAUUAUGCAAAAUAUAAUACAUGUAUAAUCCAAAACAGAUACGUAGAUUAGUAGACACUCGACGAAAGGGCGGCCAUGCUCGUCGCGCUUUCUCGAGCGAAACGCUUGCCGGAUAUACCGAACACGUUGAUCAUGCUCCCAAAGAGAGGAAGGGAGAAUCGAAAUGUGACGCUUCGAUGACCACGAACGGACCACCCACGCGGGAGAAAGGGUUGAAUCGAGGUCCAUGAUCGACUCGUUGGCCGCCACGUGCUCGAAAACCGCCGUGACUUUCGAAUUGGCUGACAUUCACGCGGCGGCCGACGUUUCGACGAACCUUGAAUCGAGGCUGAAUACCAACGGUGAUGACUUCUGACAUUACUGCGUGCGAAGUGCGUGCGAUUCAAUCGUCGUGAGAAAAAAAAAGAAAUGAUAGAGUUGUAAUGGAUGAUGAGUACGAGCGGAUGAUUCGUUACGGAUUGCGGUGAUCUCGAGCGUAAUAGAAGAUAAAUGCAAGGUGUGGCUGUUCUGAGAGUCCGAAUGAAUGGCGGCCUUUUUGAUAUCUGUUCCAAUUACAGAACUUUAAUAUGCUUGUAUUUAUUAAAUAUCAUUUUGAAAUUGAUUCUAUAACGUCGCUGUUAUUUUAGAUUUUAUGGUAUACUGCAACUUGCAUACUUUCCAUCAAACGGAUUAGAUUUAAUUGCAUCGAAGGUCAGUUAGGUAAUUUAAAAAAAUAAAAGAUAAAUAUCUUUACAUAAAUUAUCCGAAAUUAAGAUUAAUGAAUUUCCAUCUUAUGAAAUAGUAAGAUUUGAUCGGACUUCUCAUUUGAUAAUUUCCGCGAUGAUUAAUUUGGAAUAAAAGAUUGAAAAGUUAACUGCGACUACGAAGGUCAGCUCCCUGAUCUCAAGAGCAAGAUCAAUGUAUGUAAGAAAAUUUAGAUCGGUAAGAGUAGUCUAAGAAAGAGGAAUCGCGAACGACGCGGCGCGUUUCCUUUUAACGAUAAACUUAUAACGGCACUUGAGUUCAUAAGCGUAGUUUUAGUAGUUCACUAAGAGGACAACGAAUCAACAGCGCGAAUGCGUGUCCUGAACGGUGGAAACGGGUGGAAAUGAACGGAAUAGAAGAAAGAAAUCGAAGGACGGAUUAUAUAGAGCAACGUCCGUGUAGUACGUCGCGCGCGCCCGUAGAUUAGCGCGCGUUAAAAUUAUCUUAUAGUACGAUGAAAAUCUGUAUAAGUAAGUAGCUUUUCCCCGCUAAACGCGAUGGGGAAGGAAUUAGAUCACACACAUAAAAUGCGAGUUCUAUCUGUCAUCAUUAAUUACUAAGGAUUAUCAGAGUUUGGCGAAGCUCUAAGAUAAAACGAGUAAAAUGUAAGAAUACAAAUUUAUAGCCUCUAGUGAGUACGCGAAGAAGUGUAGUACAAUAUUAACGAGAACGUGUAUAAAAAUAUAUAAAGAAUAUAUAAAUAUAUAUAUAAAUAUAUAUAAAUAUAUAUAAAUAUAUAAAGACAAAUAUAUAUAUAAAUGCAAACGCAUAUAUAAAUACAAAUAUGUAAUUAUUCCUAUGAUAUGCAACGUUAAUAGUUAGGUGCACGUCGAGAUGAUCGUUGCGAUAUCGUGUAUUUAUCGCUCGAUCAAAGAUUGAUGGCGGAAAUAUCAUCACUUAAAUAUCUUGAAAAUGUGAAGCGUGAAUUAGUUACGCCGAUAAAAAUUUAAAUAUACUAUUCGUUUGAAAAUUCGAUCAAUUUAAGCAACUUCUAUUAGCGAAAAAGCGAAAAGUGCGAUGAGCAGCGAGCAUCAACGUUCAGUGAUCGUCAAGAUCUUUUUCGCAAUACGAGAUAAAAUGUGGAAGUAGAGAGUAGAUCAUUUUCGGGACGAGAUACCUCAGUCGAAGCAUGCUGUUUUUCGCCUAACAUAUGCUAUAUUAUACUAUAUAAAAACGGCGUUUGAUGUGAAACAUCCGAUAAAUAUCGAAGAUCAAUUGGGUGAAAUUAUCGAUUUAAUUUUGAAUUUGGAAGGGCAUUGGACUCGUUGUUUUUUGGCGCACCGUAUCCAUAUCUGCGCCUUUUUGUAAAACUUUUGUAUUGGUAUUUUAUAUAUAAAAGUACGAGAAAUUUGUAUCGUUAAAGUGAAACGCAAUAUAUCCAUUAAGAUUUCUCGAUUGUUAAUCACGACUGUGAAAUGGUAAUCCAUUGCGGCAAGUAUUUUUAUUUAUCAUUCAUAUAUAAUAUUUUUUCAAGAACAACGAUUUAAUGAUACAAAUACGGAUGAAAACUAUGAUGAGAUUUUUUGUAAUAUUAAAAAAAAAAACGUUUUAUCUAUUUCUAUAUGGUUGACGUAUACGGUAACAGUUUCUUAGAAUAUUCAACGUUUCGAUGUGGUUCGUAAUUAACCGAACAGAAAUAUUAAUAGAACAAUAGCAAUUAACGCGUCGCAGUUUUUCUGAAUAGCAAAAAAGACAAAAAAACAUGAGUGUAUAAACCAUUACUCACCCCCUUGUUGUCAUAACAGAUUAUGAAACGAUUCCAAUAUUUCCUAGUCAUUAUGGUUGUUGUGAUAAAUCUUACUCUUAAAUGUGUUAAUACAAUAGAUCGCAACUAAUAAAUGUCCAUUAUGUUAUAUAUACAUAAAUAUAUAUUAUAUGCGUUACGUUGCCAUUGGAGUUACCAUUACUAAUAUAUUACCACAAUUAAUGUAAAAUACUCGUGUAGUAAUUAAUGCGAGUAUCGAAGGAUUCUAAAAUACCGAAAUGUUACAAAUAUUUAUGUGUAAUCGUCAUGACACUGUGUACGCGCAAUGUUUUUUUCCAACUUAUGAUUAUUAGACAAUAUGUAUAGAUGAAUCGUUUCGAUAAUGGAAUAAAGAGUAAACGAAACGAUAUAUUAAUCAUCAAUAUUAUGCAGCAAUGGUCACAAGCGAAACAUCCAUAAUAUGCAUUAGAUACGGGGCGUUGUGUAUUUCGAAGACGCCCCGAUGUAGAACCUGUUACAUUAUUAUGUUUAACGCAAUACGUAAGCUGAACUGUAAUAAUAAAAACAUAUAUAAGCGUAAAAAUCA